AUGCUUGACUACAGGGGAAUUAUGUGAGUUUGUUUAUAUAUCUGAAAUAUGCACAUGUGUGACAAAUGGAUACUAGGACAUCUGGCUCCGAUUAGCGCCAGUAUACUUUAUUUCUGGAAAAGUCACUUAGGCGGAAAAGCUCGACCCAAAAGCUCACUGACAAAUAAAUAGUUCUCGAUUUCAAAUGACCAUAUAAACAAAAUAUUGAAUUACGUCCCUAUUCACUGUGAUGUCGGAGGUCGAUGACACCUCUCUCUCUCUCCUUCUUGUUGAUCUUUGAGACGGAGCAAGUGAAUCACUCCGCCGAGUGAAUGGGUUGUAGACCGGAAAUUAAAAACGGAUAUUGCAGAACCAGUAUUACGGGUUUGGCGAAGACAACGUUCCACCGGACAACGCGACGAGGAGAGCAGAACUCGAGCGGAAACUCGUCCAACUCUUCGUCUAUUUUGUCGGGACCUCAUGCGAAGCGUAUGGCGCAGAGACGCGGAAGAGAAAGGGCUCUUCUCGAACAUUAUGUUCGUCAGUCGUCGUCUUCUGAAGAGGCCCGGGACACGAACAUUCUGGCGCGCGAGGCUCGCGAAGAUGGAAUGUAUACGGAUGAGAAUGCCGCGGACUCUCCGUACAUGGUCGUCGUUUCGUGCUACAAUAUUAGCGAGAAGGAAGAGCAAGAGCAGCAGAAGAAGAAGAAGAAGAAGAACACUUCACAACGCGACUGCCUGUACGACACUGAUGACGAGACGUUUGAGGCCGAGGAGCUGAACAAACGUACGGCUCGGAUGCCUCCACCACUCUCGGGUGUGAAUCCAGAAAUUCCAAAUGAAUACGAUCCGAUCAUCGGAAUAGUGUCGGUGCAAGGAGUGCGCAUUCCUCGCAGCGAACCGAUCGAUAUUGUUCCAGCACGCGAGCCACUGUUUCCUUUUUUUGGGGUAAAUACUGACUUGCAAAUCAUGCUGAUAACGGAAAGGUGAGCUCUUUUUUUGAAUUAAGGUAUUCUAAUGAUUCUCGAAAGUUUCUUGUCAAGGCGACUGUCUCGAAAAGUUUCCCAUGCGUAUUGUGGUCUAGAAACAAAACAGAACAGUUGGAACAAGAAACGAAAGCGUUUUUCUGUCUCGCACAUUCCAUUGUUCCAAUAUUCCGCUUCGAGUGAUUAUUGAGCAAUGCGCAUGUGCGGGACAGAUUGAUUGCUGCCAUUUCAUGUGAGCAUCGGGACUUAAAAAUUGAGAAUUGAGAACACUUUGAGGGCUUCACUCUAAUUUGUCUUUGUUCAGAAUGUACGACGUAUUCAAAGAAAACCUACGUGUCAACGGCAAGAACCGCGUUCUUACUCUAAUGGAGAACUUGGCAAUGACCCUGACCAUUGGUCAGAUGUGCGGACGUCUUCUGCCAGUUGAGAUGAUGGACAAAGUCAUCUACUUCUACGACUUUGAAACCGUCAGUUUCGUGUCUCACAGCGAGUUGCUCCAUCUUUUGACCCUCUGCGAACCGGACCAGAAGGAUGAGAACGAAGUCGCCGCUUCAGUGCCGAUUAUGUUCCAUCGCGAUACUCCGAAGCAGGUCCUGGAGCGCAAUAAGUUCUACCAAGAGCUCAUGAACUUGCCAAAGAUUUUCCUCCGUUGUACCGACUACACCAAUGAUAAUGAUGACUUCUCCGUUCCGUUCAUCAAGUCUGCUGACAAUGAGCACAACAAGAUCUUGGUAAGCUGAACUCUAACUUUUAAAGAUUACGGUUUUUGUUCAGACAGUCGAACGUCAACUCAACGACGACAGUAUGAACCACGAGGAGAUGAACGCACUCAUCCGGACCAUCAGCCAAGAUCUCGAAGAAGCGGAACGUCAAGUCGGCCUCGAUUUCAUCUACAAGAGCACUCUCUCGCUCUACGACGCUCGUGUUAUGGUUCCCCCAGUCAAUUAG